AUGGCCAGAUACACCAACAAAAAUAAUAAGUGCUCCAGAGGACGUCAAAACCCAAGCUCCAGAAAGAAAUCACGUUCCUGCACCGAUUUCAGCCGCAAUUAUUCACUCUACAUUCGCAGGGUCCUAAAGGAAGUGGAUCCCCAGAAGAGCAUAUCAUCUUGCACCUUGGACAUCAUGAACACUGUGAUCAACAACAUCUUUGAGCGCAUUUUGAUGCAAGCCUACAAUCUAAUGUGUUACAGAAAUCGUUGUACCCUCACCCAUGAAGAUAUCCAGAAGGCAAUGUAUAUGCUGUUUCCUGGGAAACGAGCUAGGUACGCAGUGACUUUUGGAAGUGAAGCUGUCCAAAGAUAUGUUCACUCGAAAAACAAUGCACCAGCUUAA